AUGCUCAUUGCUGUCAGCGUCCUACAGCGUGGAGACGUCAGCGUCCUACAGCGUGGAGACGUCAGCGCCCUACAGCGUAAAGACGUCAGUGUCCUACAGCGUGGAGACGUCAGUGUCCUACAGCGUGGAGACGUCAGCGUCCUACAGCGUGGAGACUACAGCGUAGCGACGUCAGCAGCCUACAGUGUAGAAGUCUUUGAUUUGAGACGUCAGUACAGCCUAGCGACGUCAGCAGCCUACAGUGUAGAAGUCUUUGAUUUGAGACGUCAGUACAGCGUAGCGACGUCAGCAGCCUACAGUGUAGAAGUCUUUGAUUUGAGACGUCAGUACAGCGUAGCGACGUCAGCAGCCUACAGUGUAGAAGUCUUUGAUUUGAGACGUCGGCACAGCGUAGCGACGUCAGCAGCCUACAGUGUAGAAGUCUUUGAUUUGAGACGUCGGCACAGCGUGGGGACGUCGGCACAGCGUGGGGACGUCGGCACAGCGUGGGGACGUCGGCACAGCGUAGCGACGUCAGCAGCCUACAGUGUAGAAGUCUUUGAUUUGAGUAGUAGGCACAGCGUGGGGACGCCGGCACAGCGUGGAGACGCCGGCACAGCGUGGGGACGCCGGCACAGCGUGGGACGCCGGCACAGCGUGGGGACGCCGGCACAGCGUGGGGACGCCGGCACAGCGUGGGGACGCCGGCACAGCGUGGGGACGUCGGCACAGCGUGGGGACGUCGGCACAGCCUGGGGACGCCGGCACAGCGUGGGGACGCCGGCACAGCGUGGGGACGCCGGCACAGCGUGGGGACGCCGGCACAGCGUGGGGACGUCGGUGUCGGUAGCCUACAGUGUAGAAGUCUUUACAUGGAAACUGAUGACUGUACAUACUGCAUUUAUUGAGAAUUAUUCUGAAUUUUAUACAACAUUCAAGAGUAAUCUACGCUUAAUUGAAAUGGUUGUUUUAAAUUGA